AUGGAAGAUAAUGCCAAAUGUUAUUGUGAUCCUAAUUUCCUUUAUAGUGGAUGUAAUGAAGCGGCCUGUUUCUCAAUAGCAGGUAUCUUUAUACCAAUGUUUGGUAUCCCUAUAAUAAUAUGUAUAUAUAGACUAUAUCUCCAAUUCUUUAAAGCUGAUACAUGGCAUAGCUGGCAUGUUACCUCAUAUACUUUUAUAAUCUUGGCCUGUCUUGUUCGUAUAAUUAGAUCAGGUUUAUUAUUUGCCAGACUUGUAAAUCCUGUGAUGGGAUUCCUACAUGCACUUCCAGCAUUCUUCUUAAUUUGUUCAUUCUUGAACACUUUGUAUGUUUGGAUAAAGAUUAUUUAUGCUGUCAACUUCUCCAAAGUUGUUGAAAAGGUAUUCCCUGUUCUUGGAUGGAUUGUAAUUGGAUCCCAAGUACUACUCUUUGUAAUAGCCAUAUUAUUCCUACUUCUCAAACUUGGAUCAAUGUACACAAAUAUUACAAUUGGAAUCUAUAUAUUCCUCGCUGGUAUUGCAUUUGCCAUCCUUGGAAAGAUGAUUUGGAAUGAAUACAAGUUUAUUUCGAGUAGGAAUAGUGGAGUGUUCAAUGAGGAUACUCAUGCCAAGUUUAGUAGAGUUACAAGGAUAUCUAUUGUAGCAAUUGGUAUCAGUUUCUGUACAAUUGCAAUCAUACUCUGGAUGUACCUCGCACCAAGAGUAUGGCCAUUGAGUCUAGUGAUAGGAUUCAACGUAUUCGGUCGUCUUGUUGAGUUCAGCUGGAUCGUGACAAUGAUCCUCAUCCUAUCACCAUCACUCCAAAAGGUUGGAAAGAGUAGUACCACUGCCACAAGUUUCGAGAUGUCCAAGGCGUCACACUCAGCUGCCAUCGAGCCAGUUGAGCUAGAGGAGACUACAAGCAUCUCUGUCCAAGGUAGCUCUGAAGCC